GGCCGUUGUGACACCGGGGCCGAUGUGACACGGAGACGCCCCGUGCUGGCAGCGGGCCCCGCGUGGCACUGCGGCUGCCGGGGCUGUGGAAGGAGCAUGCCGGGCCGUGCCCUCCGGCAGCGCAGCUCCCCGGGAGAGCUGCCGUGGAGAUGCCCAUGGAGAAGGGCCAGUUCGGCCCUCGGCCGUCCAAGAGGCACCUGCUGAAGGAUGAGGCCGGAGGAACAGGCGGGCAUGGGGCGAGGCAGCCGCCUCCAUCCCACACCUCCCGCGUCUCUUUCUCCUCUCGCCUCCAGCAGAGCUCCAGGAGCCGGCCCAGCCUGGCCCGGCUGCCGCGGGGGCAGCGCUCCGCCGUGCCCAGCCCCGUGCCGCUGCCGCCGCCCGCCAACACCGCGGCCCGCGGGCAGUGCCGGCGCCUGAGGAGCUGCGCGGCCUGCUCGGGCAAGCUGACACCGGACAGCUCCUCCACAGUGCCCUCCACACCCUCCACCCCUGCCCCGACCGAGACAGAACCGCUUUUGAUCCACCGGCACACCCAGACAGAGCCCGAGACACCGGAGCGGCCGUGUGCCGCCCAACGCGUGGAUCGAGAUGUCCAGACCGAGCUGCCGGCCCGCAAGCGGCGGAUUUCCCCGGUCCGGCUGUUCAGGGAGCGGGAGACGCAGACUCGGCCCCCGGGGCUGCUGCCCGGCGCUGCCCCGGCCGGCCGCGGGGAGCCGGAGCCGCCGCGCCGCCGCUCGCUGUUCCGCUGCUCGCCGUUCCGCCGCUCGUUGUUCCGCCGCCUGCUCCGGGGCUGCCGCUGCCCCGGCACCGACACCCGCCCCAAACCACCGCAGCAUCCCCAGGGAGCCGCACAGGGACGCGCCGCGGGCAUCGGGGUGUUGAUGGUGAUCCAGGAGUCCACCGAGGGCGCCCAGUGUUCUCAGUACUCCUUGUGGCCGUGGUUUAUUGAGACCAGUCUGUGAUUUUCUGCAGGCUACGCAAAUAAAGAAUUGCUCAGCUAA